ACGACCUCGUCCUGCAGCUCGAGCUCACCUCUCUGCUUCGUCUCAACUGCUUGUCCUUGCGACACAAGAACUGUCGGCACCAAACCUUGUCACUCCUUAUCAUCACGGUCUUUGGUCCGGCCAAUCACUCGAAACACCCCCUCGAGCGCGCUCCCCCCGCACCCGGCUUCGCUCGCACCGCCCUCCGGCAUAUAACCUGACAGAUGUCGGAGACUUCCACCCUGCUCGCGCUGCCGCGCCCGCACGUCGUCGCUUCCUCAUCAGACGACUCGUUCACUGCGCUCAUGAACGCCGUACUCGACUCUGCGCGCUCCUCGGGCUCGCUCGAGUCCACUGGCAGCCAUAACACCGAUGGCACCACCCCUUCCACCGCCAGCGACAGCACGACGACCAGUGUGCCAUCGCUGGAUGCGAGCGGUCACACCGCCAGCUCUAGCUCUCGCUCGAGCACCACCGACGCCAGCGCGAGCGAGAGCGUCGCGUCGAGCACCACACCCAGUCCAUGUCCGAGUAUCCUCCGCUCGUCCUCGAACCUCACCCUUCCAUCACGCACGAGCUCCCCAAGCAUCUCCUUCGCACCCCUACCAUCGAUCGCACCCCGCAAGCGCAACUCACCCCAUCCUCUCGGAGUAGCCGCCCGCUCACGUCUCCUCCGGCAUCGUCGUAUGUUGCGCGAGCACGGUUUGAACCCCGACGAGGUGCCAUACCCAUACGGCCCAGGCAGCGGCGUCAUGGGCGGGCCGGGCGACACCACAACCGGUCUAGGGUGGGGCGAGGAGAUCCGGGAGGCGGAGGCGGGUGUGGACGCACAUGAGGAUGCCAAGGCGGCCAGGGCACAGACACGCACGCGAGCGAUGAGCGACCCCUCGGAGGCGGAUGCCCUAGUAUCGCUGGGGCGGAUGGUGAAGGGCGCGGGGAAGACGCUCUGGCGGAGCAUCUCCAUGAAGGAUGUACGGGCGAAGGACGCAGCGAAAACCGACGCGGAGCAACCACCUCCACUACCCGGGGCGCAACCUUCAGCAGAAGAACCACAGGAGCAGCCGCCGGUCAAGACGGCAGUGCACCUCUUCGAUGAUAACACGCCCCCACCUGCUGUCGAAGGCGGCGUGUGGGAGGAGGUAGUCGAGGAGGAAGGCUGGAAGAAGCUGCUCAGUAACCCGCCAUCAUCCCCGGAGUCGGCGUCAGCACGGAGCGACACGACCCCCCGCGCGUCCAUCGAGCGCAAGAAGAGCUCGGCCGCCGAGAGCAGAAAGAGCUCGGCCGCUGAGAGCAGGAAGAGCUCGUCUAUCGAGAGCAAGAAGAGCCCGCCCCUCGAGCGCAAAAGGAGCUCGCCCUCGAAGAAGCCCCCGAAGCGUCACAGCACACUUGAUAUCAUGGGUACCCGUAUCCGAUAGCAUUCCGCCUUCACCUCUCCACCAUCCACACUCUCGACAUCUGCGGUCGCUGCGAGUAGCGAUAUCCCCGACGUCUCCUCUCAUCUCGCCCCCUCAUCCCCUCUUCGAUUCGAUGAUGCCCUCCGCGAAAUAUACCGUCUAGGGCGCCAUACACCACACCCCGUAACGCACACGCCCUGCCCCAUACUCUAGCACAACAUGACCUUCACGGCCUCACGCUUCACGAAGGAUUAGGAUACACAGGCUAAUAUCCAUGGUACCGAGCGCGGCGGGUGCCGUGCUCCGAGAGUUACUGCAGGGGCUAAUAGAGGCAAGGAGAUCGGCUGCGGUCUUGCUAGCAUAACACAGUGUAAUUUCGAGACAAUACCCUUCGUUCGCAC